UUGAAUGAGUAUGUAUUGUCCAAAGUGUCAAAUCCUAAGAAGAUUGCACGCAUUGUGUAGUGUAAAUGUGGUCACAAUUUGCAAUAUCGAGAAAUAUCACAAGAUGUUUCCGACUACAUAAGCUUCUUUACCUAAAUUAAUAUCUCCGGAAACAAAAGGAGUGAAAUUUAAAAACAUGUGGUGUCGUUAACAUAAAUAUUACACACUUAAAAAAAUACAAUGGCGCGCCAUAGAAACUUCAGAAAUAGGAGUUAUUCAUACGACUAUGACGACGACGAAUUUUACGGUCAUUCAGUGGAGGAAGACAGCUGUUUGUCGCCGAAUGAUUCUGCUCAGUUCUUGUACGAUCGCUCCCGGAAUCAGCAAGCUAUAUCUCACUUUCUAGAAAGUCAUGCCAACAUUGAGGAGGAAACCGAAGGCGAGGCAGAGACCUCGCGGCCGUCGCUCGAGCGCCGCGAGUCACUCGAUAUCCGCUCUUUAAAUCUCACUGAGCUUGAUGAAGCCAAACUCAUGUCAUGCUUAGACGAGCUGCGAAAUGUCUUAGCUGAUACAGUACCGGAAAACAUUCUCACGGAAGCUGCAUUAAAGCACAAUUUUGAUUGCAGCAUAGCUCUUGAUAGUAUUUUAAAUGCUAAAAAGAAUGAGCCAGCACCCAAAAUAAAGGAUACUCCAAAACCAGUAAUUACUGUCAAUAUUCCCAAGGCUGUUGUCAUUUCCACAACAGAUGCACCAAAAGUUAUUACGACGAAUCUGGAGCCUAAAUCUUCAAGUGCUAUAAAGGGGUUUAAAGUAGAACAAGAGAAAACUACAAGCCAGCCUCAAACUCCUAGAGAUCAAUCUCCUGCAGGAGAGAGGCCUUUGAGGAGUGAUGUGCCUGAUGAAAACAAAAGCCUAGGCAAAUUGAAAGAAAACAAAAUUGAUCCCAAUGUCUUGUAUACAAAUGAAAGAGGUGCUGAUAAAGAUCAUCUGUAUAUAGUAGUAAUUGGUCAUGUUGACGCUGGAAAAUCAACUCUAAUGGGACGCUUGCUCUGUGAUCUGGGUGAAGUCAGUCAGAGAACCUUACACAAAUAUGAACAAGAAAGUAAAAAGAUAGGGAAACAAAGCUUCAUGUAUGCUUGGGUGCUUGAUGAAACUGGUGAAGAGAGAAAUAGAGGCAUCACAAUGGAUGUCGGGCGAGCACAAUUUGAAACUAAGACUAAAAGAAUUGUGAUUUUGGAUGCUCCAGGCCAUGCUGAUUUCAUACCUAACAUGAUUACUGGUGCGGGGCAAGCUGAUGUCGCCCUGUUAGUUGUUGAUGCAACUCGGGGUGAGUUUGAAUCUGGGUUUGACCUUGGGGGCCAAACUCGUGAGCAUGCCUUACUUGUGAGAUCCCUCGGAGUCAGUCAGCUUGCUGUUGCUGUUAAUAAACUUGACACUACUAAUUGGUCACAGGAGAGGUUCGAUGAAAUUUCAAAGAAACUUAAAGCAUUUCUGAAACAGGCUGGAUUUAAAGAUUCCGAUGUAACAUAUGUUCCAUGCUCAGGACUCACAGGUGAAAACUUGAUUAAACCAUCAACUGACCCUAAGCUGCUUAAAUGGUAUAAAGGGCCUUGUCUCCUAGAUGUAAUUGACAAAUUUAAUGUCCCAGAGAGGCCCGUGUCAAAACCUCUGCGCAUGUCCAUCAAUGAUAUAUUUAAAGGGACCGGUUCAGGUUUUUGUGUAGCUGGACGGAUUGAAAAUGGUAUACUCAACAAGGGUGAUAAGGUGAUGAUAUGUCCAACAAAAGAAGUUGCAGAAGUGAAGAGUUUGGCUAUCAAUGAUGUACCAAACAAUGUAGCUUUUGCUGGUGACCAAGUUAGUGUUACAUUAUCUGGGAUAGAUAUCCAAAAUGUUGCAGUUGGAUAUAUAUUGAGUGAUCCAAUCCAGCAGGUUCCGAUUGCCACACGUUUUGAGGCAAGACUUGUAGUUUUCAAUGUAAAAGCUCCAAUUACUAAGGGAUAUCCGGUGCUUUUACACCAUCAGUCUUUAGUAGAGUCUGCACAUAUUGUAAAACUGAAGGCUCUUUUGAAUAAAAGUACAGGAGAAGUGAUAAAGAGGAAGCCGCGUUGUUUGGGGAAUAACUCAGUAGCAAUAGUGGACAUAGAAGUCAGCAAACCUAUUAGCAUAGAGCGCUAUAAAGACGUGAAGGAGCUGGGCCGAGUGAUGCUGCGCGUCGCGGGCGUCACUGUGGCUGCGGGCCUUGUUACUGAUGUAUUUAAUAUAUAAAAGGUUAAUAUAAAAGUUAUGGGCCGUCAAACGGGGUGACUUCAAGUAAGAAUGGGCCUACUUUUGAGUCUUCAAAUGACUGUUCAAGCGUAAUUAUUCUUGGGUAGCUAAACCGUUUAAAAUUUUAAAGUAGUUAAUGGUGAAAUGUUACAGUUACCCCACUUACCACGGAUAUCAAAGUCGCCCCAAUUUACCGUAUCUUACAACAAUGCGUCAAAAUGGUCCUAAAACCAACAGGGUUGAGAGUUAUCUCAUUUAAUAGGAAUUUUUAUCUUCUAUAUUUCUUCAUAUGGACACCAAGUUGAAAACCAUUGCAGGACUGAAAUAAUCAAAGUUUAAUCGAGAAGUACGCAAUACAUACUGGUUCCUUCAAUCGGUCAAAGUCGGGCGAACCGUUUGCUGCGCUCAGCGGCGCGAUGCGCGAACAUUUGCCCUGCAGCUAUUCAUUUACUUGGGCUCUAUUGCCUAGGAAAUAAGGGUGACGACUUUUUGACUAAAAUACCAAUAUCUCAGUUAAGUAUGUAAUGAGUUUCCGCUUGGGGUCAAUAGAACGAAAUAAAGUAUAUAGAAAUACCUGUCUAUUGACCUGAGGACUCUCAUCACUUGUUUUUGGAACUCCAACUCCAACUUUGGCUCCAUACAAAGUUGCCCAAUAAAUAGUCCUAUAAUUUAUUACAAUUUUUAUUCUAAUUUUAAAUGUGUUUUUAGCUUAGGGUGGUAUUCCAUCUGUCCAAUAUCUUGGUCCAAUGUCAUUGCGUCUCACUCUCUCAUUAAGAAAAAUGUGAGACUGAACACACAUUGGACAAAUAAAUUAGACAGGUCGAAUACCACCCUUACCUACACCACAAACAACCCCAAAAGCAGAUAUACGGAAAGUAGGCACUUUCAACCAUUGUCUUCAUUUAAGUAACUUAAAGGAUUCAUUGUCUCGACAAUAUUUUUACUGGUAGAGUUAGAUAAAAAAAAGUCUGCCGCGAUUUUGAUAGCCCACGCUGUGCAAAUAAUAUUUUAAACGUCAAACGUCUAUGAAAUUAUGACGUAUAAAUAACACUUGCACUGCGUGGGUUAUCAAAAUCGCUGCAGACUUUUCUUGGCCUAACUUCUAUCUAUCACUAAACGCGUGUUUGUGGUGCUAAUAGCAUUACUGUUGAUUAUAUAUUCAGAACUUGUUCGCUCACUGACAUACAAUUUGUGU